AUGGCAGUUUGGGACAAACACCGUCUGUGGGGUCUCCUGUUCCUGCUGGCAGGUGCUGUGGGUCAAACUGUGAUCUAUCCUCUCACGUCUACCUGUGCUGUCAGAGGAUCCACUGUCACCCUCCCCUGCACCUUCACACCUCGGAAGUCUUUCAGUGACGGUGGGAAAGAAGUUCCUCUAAAGAUCGUCAGAGUCCGCUGGUGUCAGAACCACCAGUACUGCUACACUAACACUCCGUCUGUGUUUGACAGUAACUCAGCAAACAACGAUCCUCGUUAUCAAUAUCUGGGAGACAUGAAGACAAACUGCACUUUACAGAUCAGAGAUGUUCAGCAGGGAGACAGCGCAACCUUUCGCUUCAGGAUGGAAGCUGAUCAUCCUGAAGGACAUUUUACUAACAGGACAGGAGUGACUGUCAGAGUUGAUGAUGAGUCUAAAAUGAGAAUAAUCAGCUCCAGUGAUGAUAAAAAGUUGAGCAGAGGUGAAACCGUCACACUGCUCUGUGCUUCAGUCUGCACUUUCCACCAACUGGAGGUCACCUGGUUCAAAGAUGGCCACGCCCUCUCAGAGACUGGCUCCUCCCUCCUUCUCAUCCCUCUGACUGCAGAGGAUUCUGGGAACUACACCUGUGCUCUGAAGGCCAACAUGGAGACUGUCUCUGAGCCGUACAGCCUGCAGGUGGAGGCAGGGCUGAGAGCAUGUGUAAAACAGAGAGAUGGGACUCAGGAGUCACCACAGCCAGCAGCUCUGAAUGAAAUGGGUCCUGGAGCUGAACCUGGAAUAUUCACGUUGUCCUUGGACUUGGAUGAGAGCUGA